GGCCGCGGAGACCAGGGGCGGCCCCCGCGCGAUUGAUGGGCGGCUCCUCCGCCCCGGACCUGCCCGCCAGCCCCGUCCCUCGGCCCCUUUAGCCCCGCGCCGGGGAGAAAGGACCGACCCGCCAGGUUGGGGAUUAAGAAUCAUGUUGCAUGAAGCAAAGGACAGGCAGAAGUUCGUCAGCGAUGUUCAGUAUCUGCGGGACAUACAGCAUAAGGUGGAUUCUGAAUAUCAGGCUUAUCUGAGACGACAGGACUACAGACAGGACCCAAAUGAAAAGAAACAAGAUCAGCUCUGGGGGCCAGAGACCAGUGCAGAGAGAACCCGGUCUUCAAGUGGGUCAUCUUCCAAACAGAGCUCUGGAGAAGACCAUUCUCUGGCUGAAACCAGACCGGUGGCCAAGACUUCUUUGGGGAAGUGUGAGUCUUCCAAACUGCCAGCCAUCGACCAAACAUCAGUCAGGCAGAAACACAAAAGCACCAUGACUCCAAGGAAGCCAGAGGGCGCGGACCCCAGCAGACCCUCUCCCGGUGACAGCAGCGAGCACCCCCUGUUCUGUGUUGAAUAUUCCCCUUUCUGCUCCGUCUUUGCUUUCUCCCCCGUCCAGCAGCCCAGUGCCAGUUACUGCGGCCUCCUCCUCCCCCUGGUGCCACCUGCCUCCCCGGGGGCCCAGAACUCGGGGCCCCAACUCCCUCGAGCCCCAUUUCCUCCUUCCUCCGUGAACCCCACCUUCCCCCAUGACCCUCUGGGCUCCCCAGCCUGCCACCCCACACCCCUGCCCGAGUCUCCAGCCUCCCUCUGCUACUUCCCCAUCUCCCGCCCCACCCCGGCCGAGACCCCCAUACUGUGUCUCCCGGCCCCCCGAAGGCCCAGCCGCAUUUACCUCUUGUGUGAGAAGAAGACGACUGUUGCCGCUGCCUGUAGCAGUGACAAGUUCCUUACUGAAAAGCUCUUGCCCCUCCCGGCAGCCCAGGCACCACAGAUCUUGUACAGGAAGAGGAGGCCGAACCUGGCGAGACUGACGGUCAGCCCGGAGCUGCAGAGCCCGGGGACAGCGAGGGACAGAGGCAGACAGAAGGCCCAGCUGCCAGCCAAGGUGCCAGCCCUCCACGGAGCAGAACUAACCGUCCAACAGGAAGGCCUACCCUGGGCGGGGGACACGAAGCUGAAGAGACCACUGCGAGACAGAAGAAACCUAGUCCCCUGCCCGCAGAAGAUGGCGACGACUGAGACUACCCUCAAGAGAGGCAAAACAGGAGAGCCCAGACUUCUACCCCACAGUGAGCUUCAUCCGCCGCUGGUCCCGUCCUUCCAGGGCCCAAGCAACCCUCUGGGCUCACGGCUCCUCUCCGCCGCCGCCUUGGGCGGGCCCAGGAGCUCCCCGUUUCGAUUCCGAGAUAAAGAUUUCCAUUCCGUACUGACUUCGACCCCUGGAGGAGACGGCAACGAAACCGAAGAGGAAACCCACACAGAGGAAGAACUCCUGCUGGCCCGCAUGUGCUCGUCCCACUCUCGUUCCCGGCAGAAGAAAAGCCGAUUUCUCGGCGCCUCAGCCGCUCCGAGCAAAACCCAGCCUUUGGAUGAAAACCCUGAGCAUCGCAAGAAGAGCCCGGCAAGAAGUGAGUUCAGCCGUGGCCUGACAAGAGUGAGCACUGCAGGGGAGCCUUCCCCUGGGCAGGGCCCCGUCGGAGACCCUGCACUGCCCAAAGGGGAGAUUGCUGAGGAGGAUGACAGCAGUGACGGUGAACAUGAGCAGACCCCUCGCUCACGGGACACCACCGCCCAACGCAGCCUUGACAAUGACCUCCAAGCUGAAAGCGUGUCUCAGGACGCUGCCUCUGGCGGGGAGAGGCCCGGCACCCGGAGCUCCCGAGGGGCCUGGCACACCUGCCUGAGCCACUCCAGCAGCUCCCUGGAUUAUUUUCUUUUGGGACCAACGGCUCCAAGAGCAUCCCUGAAUUCCACAUAUCACACUCCGGGCUCGUUUGUGCCUUCUGCUCUGAGCCACGUUUUGCCAGUCGACCUGGCACCAACUUCAGCUAACAGAUCCGCCUCGGAGAUCAACUCAAGGGAUUUUAUGCGUCGGCCACUGUGUCCCAUUAGACGCAGGAAUCUGUUGGCCGGUGUUGGAAACCAAAGCUAUUUUACAGCAAAUGGCACGCAAGAACAAGACGUCAGGAGAGCAGAAGACGCCGCUUUACCCAGCCCGCCCGGGGAGGCCCCGCUCUUUGCAGAAGAACUUGCGCUCGACCCUCGAGGACGCUUUACCUUGGAGUCCACCAGCUCCUCGCCGGCAAGGCUGAACUUGCAAGACCACUUGCAAGUCCCUGCAUCCCUGCAAGAAAAUGUCCCCUUUACCAUCCUUGCAGUGUCAGACUUCCCAGAUCAAAAUGAUUAUAGGAACAGAGCAACAGCCUCUGACUUGGGAGAGGAAAAGGGAGACCCUGAGACAAAGGGAGACCCCGAGAAACUCAAGAAGCUGCAGGAAAGUCUCCUGGAGGAGGACUCCGAAGAGGAGGGAGACUUGUGCCGUAUCUGCCAGAUCCCCGGAGGGUCCCCAGCCAACCCCCUCCUGGAGCCGUGUGCCUGUGUGGGAAGCCUGCAGUUUGUUCACCAAGAGUGCCUGAAAACGUGGCUCAAAGUGAAAAUAACAUCAGGAGCGGACCUGGGCGCUGUGAAGACCUGCGAGAUGUGUAAGCAAGGCCUGCUCAUCGACCCGGACAACUUCAACAUGACCGAUUUCUUCCAGAAGCACCAGCAGUUCCGGGUACAGAACCAGCUGAUGAACUCGGGCUUGUACCUGGUGCUCCUGCUUCACCUCUACGAGCAGAGGUUUGCGGCACUCAUGAGACUUAACUCGAACCUCGUCAACAUAGAGAGGUUGUCGAGAAGUUACACACAACCCAGGCCGGAAGAAAAUGAAAGUAGGUUGGGGGCGGCGCGGGACCUGCUCGGGGCGCAUCCAGAGGCCUCGCCGGCCAAGGGCGACCCCUAG